UUUGCAGGGGUAGUAAUCAACAAACAAGAGGCUGCUGCAGCUGAUGCAGACACACAAGUUACGGUACAGGACUUGUUGGAAUGGGAGGAAGCAAACGGGGAACUGCCUGACCCUGUAGCUGUAAUCUUCGACUUUGGUUGGGCGAAGAAAUAUCCCAACAGAACUGAAUAUUUUGGAAUUGUGAAUGGAAAUGAAAGUGAUAUUCACUUCCCAGGCGUUUCAGAAGAUGCUGCCCACUGGCUCGUCAGUACAGGCAAGGUAGUUGGGGUAGGAGUAGACACUCCGAGCAUUGAUCCUGGAUCCAACAAGGAAUUCAUGGCUCACAGAAUCCUCACCGCUGCUGACAUCUAUUUGAUGGAGAACCUGGCUCUUGAUGGAGCAGAAUUGCCUGCCAGAGGAUUCCAGUUAACUGUUAUGCCGAUGAAAAUCGUCAAUGGAACUGGAGCACCGUUGCGUAUAUUCGCACGCCCUAUUACACCUUCCUUUUUCUCAAUGAUCUUCUCGUGGAUCAUUCAUCCUUUUGUUAUAAUUGGCAAUAGCUUUAAACGAGAUAACACCACUACAACCUAUUAACAAUAUCUAGUAAAAACCACAAUUAAAAUCUAUAUAUUACAGGAAUACUAUUAUCUGGUAUAGUUUAGUAGUCUUUGCUUUGUUGUAUGUCGAAUUAGGUAUGAACAAGUGUACACAUUAUCGUAUUCGUAGACACAUCAUCAAAAUUAUACUGACUAAAUUAUUAAAAAGAGUAUCACAUGAAAUAACACCCUAUAGGCAAAAUCAGGAAUUUGUAUAUUGUUAGUAAAAUUAUAGUAGAAAAAGAACCUUAGUUUAGAAUCAAAGCUGAUAAACAGAAAACUAUUUUUUAAAUA